AAAGCCCCAUGUUACAUAACCCGCCUGACAAGGGGAAAGGCCAGGCAGCAGCAGCUGAAGGAAAAGCAAAGCUCUGGGUAUAUUUCCAGGCUGGCAAAGGGCUUUCAGAUUAAAGAAGGAUAAGGCUUCUCUGGAACCUAAAUCCACCUUACUUUCUACCUGAAAUAGUCACGUUGCCAUCACAUCUCCUAAUUCCUUCUGGCUACCAUGGUAACCAAGCCACUCUCCCAGACCCCUCCUAGAAUAAGCCCAUUCGCUUUUCAGCCUGGGGAAGGAAGGGAGGAGUGGGAUGAAAACUGCUUGUGCUCUCAGUCACCCUCCUCUCCCAUUCACACCGAAUCCUCCCUUAUUUUUCUAGAAUGGAUGAUAAUGAUGAGCUGCAUCAGCAUCAGCAGCACAUGAAGGCUCUGAAGCCGCAAAAGCUCCACUUUAUUUCCAACGGGGCAGGGAGCUCUGACUUCCCCCGGGGAAUUGGGCACCUCCAUGGCUCCACCUGAGCAUCUCUAGUCUGCAGAGGGCACCAGGGAAACCAGACGUCUGGGCACCUUCUGAGAAGGCUCAAGUGUUUAAUGCAGAUUUGUCAAGGAGGCUAAAGUGACAUUGCCGUUAAUCCUGCAACUGUACCAUGUGACCCAGGCCGAAAUUUAUUUGCCUGCUGAGCCAUCAUCCACUCAUUCACUGGAUCCUGCGUCCAGGCUGGGUACCCUUUGCACCACAAAGAAAUUUGGAUACAGAGAACUAGGCACAAGGAAACCUCUGAAGGAUGAAUCAGAUAAGAGGGAAAUCAAAUGUUGUGCUGAUCACCCAUCCAAGAGGAACUGCUUCAACCCCAACGUGAGCACAUCUGUGCACUAUUAUUGUGAGCACCAGACUGACAGCCCAUUGCAAACCAACCUCUACCUUUCAAGAGACUGUUCAAUUGUGAACAAGAGACAUUUUAAACUGUAAAUAGUUUUAAAGGACUUCAUCUUUCUGUUUUUCUUCUCAAACUUCUUUUUUGACUUACCAAGACCUGAUUUAUCUAUAUAUUACAUGGUUUAUUUGGGUUAAAAGAAAAGACAAAAGUUGUCUACGGGCACGGAGCACUACAGGAGUCCAAAUGUUGACCAUGACAGCGAUGUACAUAAAUGGAGGGGGGGUGGGAAAUCCGAGGUACGCCCGGUGGAACCGGCAGGACAGCUUGGAGGACUACGUCCGAUCCGAGUGCUACGAGCAGGACUCAGAAGGGAAGCAGCGCAAGCUCACACCCUUCGAAAAGCUCACACAAGACAUGUCACGUGAUGAGAAGACGGUCAAGGAACUGACCCUGGGCAAGAGAAUUGGGCUUUAUCGAAUGCGUGGGGAAAUAGGGAGCGGCAACUUCUCACACGUGAAGCUCGGCAUUCACGUCCUGACUAAAGAAAAGGUUGCUAUAAAAAUCCUAGAUAAAACCAAGUUGGAUCAGAAAACCCAGCGCCUGCUCUCCCGGGAGAUCUCCAGCAUGGAGAAAUUACACCACCCCAACGUGAUCAGACUCUAUGAAGUCGUGGAGACCUUGUCUAAGCUGCACCUUGUCAUGGAGUAUGCGGGAGGCGGGGAGCUCUUUGCCAAAAUUAACACAGACGGAAAAUUAUCGGAAUCAGAAAGUAAAGUUAUCUUCUCUCAGAUACUGUCUGCUGUCAAACAUAUGCACGACAACCAAAUUAUCCACAGGGACCUGAAAGCAGAAAACGUGUUCUACACCAGUAACACCUGCGUAAAGGUGGGAGACUUUGGAUUCAGCACAAUGAGCAAAAAAGAUGAAACCCUGAACACUUUCUGUGGUUCUCCGCCAUACGCGGCUCCUGAGCUUUUUCGCGACGAGCACUACAUUGGUGUUUUUGUUGACAUCUGGGCAUUGGGCGUACUCCUGUACUUCAUGGUGACUGGCAGUAUGCCGUUCCGAGCAGAUACCGUGGCCAAACUGAAAAAGUGCAUUCUCGAUGGAACAUACAUCAUACCGCCUUAUGUGUCAGAACCGUGCCAGAAACUUAUUAUAAGGAUGUUACAGCCCAUCCCUUCGGACAGGUGCAACGUCGAUUACAUCAUGAACAGCGAAUGGAUGAACGGAAUACAAUACCCCAAACCGUUAGAACCCCUAAAACUCGACCCGAAACAUCUCUUUGAUGGAAAUCCGCUCAAGGACGAAGACUCCGAGGUGAAGAACAUUUUAGAUAACUUGGGCAUCACGGAAGAACAUAUUAUUAACAAUCGGGGGAAAGACUCCCGCAGCUCCAUAACUGGAAUAUACAGAAUCGUUCUUCACAGGGUCCAGAAGAAGAGGGCGGUGGAGAGUGUCCCCAUCAUCACAAACCCAGAACCAAAAGAAAAGUACAUGAAGAGGCCUCACAGGACACAGCGGGAAAUAAGGCAUACCUCUAAACUUUGUACAAUUUUAUAAACUGCAAUGCUUUUGUGUAAUGACCGGAUGACCCAGACAUUGGUCACUUACUUUUUUAUAUUUUACUUGAUGCCUUUUAUUAUAUUGAGAGGUUUUUCUUUCAAGGACUAAGUUGCCCCCAAGCAUUUUUGUUCAUAACAAUUUGCUAGAAGGUGUAGUCCACUAGUGAAUUUGGUGUGCCAAGUAAUAGCGGUUGUAAACAGUCACUAAGUACAAAUUGGUAGGUGUGAAUAUUGUCUACGAAAACACUGGCACUAGACAACACAGAUACAGUUCAGAGCUUUUGAGAAGCCAUUGGUGUCUUUAAGUGAAGCUCUGUAAAGAGUUAUCAUGCUUGCCCAGCAACACAAUCACUUACACACAAAAUAAUCAUAUAGGAUAAGUUACACUUAUUCUACACUUGGGAACCCCUUUGGUUACAAUCUUUUGUAACUCUGACCAGUUAGUAUCCAGCCUCACUAAUAAGAGUCAGUAGAUGUUUCUCCAAACGCUAGAGUAACUACUUUGAAGACCAGAGUUAUUUCAGAUGUUGUUGCAUUGUCAUGAUUUGGGUUACAACUCAUAUCCUACAGUAGGGAUGUCAAACCCAAAGCAGUGGUUGACCUAUAACUCGUGGUAAGGUCGCAGGGGAGUUGUAGCUCACUACAGUGGGCACUUGUAGUCAACAGUAGCUGGAGAAAUAAUGCACCAGUAAUGCAAGAAUGUUUUUAGGCAAGUUCCUCGGCUGAAGGAUGACCAUUUUGCAUACAUGCAAGCCAAGAAAUACAUAAUAACAGGGCAAUAUCUUGUGGGUCAUGGACUAAGAUACAGAUUUUUGACCCUAUGCCCCCUAGGUGUGCUGCCCUAAAGUCCCAUGUCCUAUAUCCCAAGCAGUCCCUUUGUUUAACAAACCAAAGUGAUGUACAAGUAAGUGUGAAAGUGCCUUUCCAGAGGGAAUAAGUGUCUAUAGCAGACAUGGGAAACUUUCUGAGCUUCAGCCAAUGUUAACUACAGUUUAGCGCAUCCUUGGCCCGCUGGCAAUGCUACAACAGCUAGAGAUGGACUUAUUAUUUUAGGCUGGUGUCCCUGUUCUUGGUUAGAAAAUAGGGUUGUUGAAUAUUGGUAGACAUGUUCUCUUACAUAGAUACAUACAUUGCACCACAGGCACCACAUCUCUGGUCCAAUGUGCUUAUAAAUGGCGAAAGUAACUGCCAUAUUGAAGAAGGUUUAGACCAGAUGAUAAUGAACUUCACCCUAGACAGAUAUUUAAUUGGAUUUGGGUCUAUCAAGACUUUAGGAGAAGUUCAGUGAGCACUAGUAGACCCUUCCAGCAGACCCAUAGACAUCAAUAUAUUUCCUGAAGGGCAGCCACACUCAUGUUACUUAGGGGUAUCUUUAACAGGCAGAGCAAAUUGGGGAUUUCAAACUUGAACCCCUCACCCUGGGUCUCACUGCUCCAUUGUGCAAGCAGAAGCGAGAGGAAGAAAGUGUAGCCAGAAGAUGAGAUCUGGCAAAUAUCAGAGGGGCUGCUGUAAGAUGCCAUAGACACCCACUAUUUAUUGGGCUGGUGGGGGCUGUUUGGGCCUCAGUGUAUUAGAAAUGCCAGGGCCUCUUUUGACUCCCAGUUCAGACCCAGAUGGAAGAAUAGUAAGUAUGGGAAGAAAACUAAGAAGAAUGAAGGAAGGAGUAUAAACAGAAGGUUAUAGAAUAAAGGAAGAUAAAAGCCGAGGGGUUGGGGUGAAAAUGAUUACAAAAAAAUAAUAUUUGGGGGUUAAGAAACAGAAAGAAAGCAAGAAUAAGACAAGGAUAAAGAAAAGAAUAGGAACAAAGAAGGAAUAGAAAUGGAGAAUGGAAGGCAAUGAGUGGAUAAAUGUAACUGGAAAUAAAGAUAGCAAAAGGGAGAAUAGUUGGAAGACAAAAAAGGGAGAAGAUACAUGAAAUGACAGAGGAAUGGAUUCAGGAGGUGAAUGCAAAGUAAGAACAGAGCAGAAAAAGCAAGUGGAUUGCUGGUCCCUUCCCUCAGGUUCUCUGGUUGGCCCCCCAGAAUCUCAAUCUGAAAGUGGGGUUCAUUUUACUUAAACUGCAGAUGGUCAGGAAAACUCUAUAAAGAGUGUGAAUAGUCCGUUCAUUAUUAUAACCACUGGGUAAAAGAGCUUUUAUAAAAACGUUGACAGAGUUUAUAUAUUUAGCCGUAAAUUUCAAUGACUGUGAUUGCCUUUGUCUUUUUCUACCUGUUACCAAGACUUUUUUACAUUCUUGUUGGGGUUUUUUGGGGGGGGGGGUUGGUUGGCUCUGUAAAAACGCCUGCAUAGAAGCUCAGAUAACAAUGUUUAACGUUCUUUAAAAAAAUGA